UCUUGGUAUAUAUACAGGGAGAUGAGACUACAACUUUCUCUGUUGAAAUUAGCAGGAACUAACUGAAGAUGUUGAGGCUCAUUCUACUUGCUGCUCUUGUCCUCUGUGGACAAUGCUAUGAAGAUGGCCAGGGAAAUGAGCGAGUUGUUGGAGGAUCAAAUUCUGCACAAAAUGCAUGGCCAUGGCAGAUUUCCCUUCAGUAUCAGUCUGGAAGCAGCUGGUAUCACACCUGUGGAGGUUCUCUUAUCCGUGCUAACCGUGUCCUGACCGCUGCUCACUGUGUAGACAGUGUGGUUUCAUAUCGUGUGGUUUUGGGAGAACACAACCUGAAUGUGAACGAAGGCAGAGAACAAUAUAUCUCCGUGUCUAGAAUUGUAAAACAUGCCAGCUGGAACACCAACAAUGUAGCAGCCGGGUAUGACAUUGCAGUCCUUCAUCUGGCAUCCAGCGCCAGCCUGAACAGCUAUGUGAAGCUGGCAACACUGCCAAACAACGGAGCUGUCCUUUCCAACAAUUACGCCUGCACCAUUACCGGAUGGGGCAGAACCGUUACUGGUGGAUCCCUUCCCUCAAUCCUUCAGCAGGCCCCUCUGCCUGUUGUAGCUCAAUCAACUUGCUCCACCAGCUCUUACUGGGGCAGCACAGUCAAGUCCACAAUGGUGUGUGCCGGUGGUAACGGAGCUCAGGCUGGAUGCCAGGGAGAUUCUGGCGGACCCCUCAACUGUGCUGUCAAUGGAGUUUACCAAGUCCAUGGUGUAACUAGCUUUGUGUCUUCUUCUGGAUGCAAUGCCUACCUCAAACCAACCGUGUUCACCAGAGUCUCUGCUUAUAUCUCCUGGAUCAAUUCUAAUUUCUAAAGAAAUUAAACUUACAAGAUGUUCAAGAAACGUGCUAGAGACAUCAAAAAUAAUCUUAUUUGUGUAAUUUAAAUUUUCUGUCUAUAAGCACAAUUCAGUAAAGAAUGUUAUAUAAAUUACACGUGUACCAUCUUUGUCUUUUAUACAUUGGAUGUGGAGUUUUAUUCUUUUUUCUAUAUCAGUUAUAUGUAUUCUUUAGCCUGUUACUAGCUUUCCUCUCUUUGUCACCCUAUUUCCCCCUGUUUGCAUUUCUCUUUGAAAUGUCACCUGUUCCAUUCCUCCUUCCUAUUUCACUUAUCUCUUGCCACUUCUAGUGUUAUCCAGCCACUCUUAAUCUCCUUACAUUUUCAUUUAAUCUCUUUCUUCAAGCAAUUUGUUCUUGUUUAGUGCCAUAACAUUAACACACAGCAUAGCUACAUAGGUU